GUCCCUAACUUAUCUCUUUUCUGAAAUAAAAUGUCUGUGCAAAAUACAGUAAAGACUUCGUCCCUAUAAAUGUGCAAUGUCCAUCUCCCAUUUCCUCACAAUUCUCCUUCUGGCCUUCCAUCUGUUUCUUUCCCCCCUCGAGUGGUAGUUUAUAGUGUUUUCCAUUAGAGAAGGAUGGCUUUGUAUGGGACUAGAACAGAUGGGAAAGAGGUGAAGAUAUAUGAAAAUGCUGAUGAACUGAGCACAGAUUUGGCAGAAUACAUUUCGGAAUUAUCCGAGGCUUCGGUGAUGGAGAGGGGCGUUUUUGCCAUUGCGUUAUCGGGUGGCUCUCUGAUUAGCCUCAUGGGAAAACUGGCUGAAGCACCUUACAACAAAACUGUGGAUUGGGCCAAGUGGCACAUAUUCUGGGCCGAUGAGCGUGUGGUCGCUAAGAGUCACGCCGAUAGUAAUUACAAACUAACCAAAGAUGGCCUUUUGUCCAAGGUGCCAAUUGUCCCAAGUCACAUACACUCCAUUAAUGACACGGUAUCCGCAGAGAAGGCGUCCGAAGAGUAUGAGUUUGUUAUAAGACAACUCGUGAGGACUCGGGUGAUAAGCGUGUCCGACAUUAGUGACUGCCCGAAAUUUGACCUUAUACUUCUAGGGAUGGGGCCCGACGGGCACGUGGCGUCCUUGUUUCCUGGUCACCCGAUCCUUGCCCAAAAAGAAGAAUGGGUGUCGUUUCUGACCGACUCGCCCAAACCCCCACCCGAAAGGAUCACUUUUACUCUACCGGUCGUUAACUCUGCCUCAAACGUGGCGGUGGUUGUCACCGGUAGUGGCAAGGCGGAGGCUGUGCAUAUGGCUAUCGAUGAUGUUGGGCCGGGCUGUCCGUUGUUGCCAGCGAAGAUGGUCCAGCCCAGUAAGGGGAAGUUGGUUUGGUUUCUGGAUAAGGCUGCUGCUUCCAAACUUGAUGAGUUUUCCACAUAAACCAUUGCCAAAAAUGUAUGUUUGUAUGUAGUAAAGGGAGUGUAAGUGAAAGCUUUACCAAAAAUGAAAACUUUAGUUAAAGUCUCAUUUAACCCCAGAGAUUGACAUCUGAGUUUGACACCAUCAGAGACAAUCAGGUACAGGCAGCCAUUGUUCAUGAAAUACUGACAGUGUCAACACUAGUGUCAUCUAUGGUGUGAUUGUAGCGUGACAUGUCUUUUUCUUGCCUUGUUCCUUUUUUACUAUGCUAUGCUCAUCACAAUGAAAUCAAAAGAAGAAAUGUUUGGAUGUUUG